AUGGCCCCUCAAAAACGAUCCAAGAGGCCGAUGUUGCUGUCCCAUAGUCGGCCUCCAAUUGUCAAAUCCAAGGAGGCUGCCCUUUCAGCCAAAGCAACCCGCAACCUCAUUCGCUCUCAUCAUCGGCUUCUCAAGUCUCGAGCACAAGCCCUGGCAGCUGGCGACGAGGCCCGGGUCAGCAGCAUCGAUGCUCAGAUCGAAGCCAACGGAGGCUUGAAGAGCUACCAGACGGCCAGCAAGCUCGGCCAGUCAAUGGACCGUGGCGGUGAUUCUAGCAAGGUUCUCAUUGACUGGAUCAAGCCACAACUUAGCCAAUGGAACAAGACCGUUCCUAAGCUACGGGUCCUUGAAGUUGGAGCUUUGAGCACGAAGAACGCCUGCUCUACCAACGCGGCAUUGGAUGUCACAAGAAUUGACUUGAAUUCUCAGGAGCCAGGGAUUCUCAAGCAGGACUUCAUGGAACGACCUUUGCCUUCCAGUGAUGCAGAACGCUUUAAUCUGAUUAGUCUAUCAUUGGUGCUAAACUACGUCCCUGACGCCACGGGACGAGGUGAAAUGCUUAAGCGAUGCGUCAAGUUCCUGACUUCGAAAUGCCCCAUUGAGCUUGUUCCAACUCUUUUCCUGGUGCUACCCAUUGCAUGUGUCGAUAACUCGCGCUACCUUAACGAAGACAGACUGGGGGAGAUCAUGGCUUGCCUGGGCUUCCGUCUAACCCAGAGCAAGCGGACCUCCAAGCUGGUUUUCCAUCUUUGGGAGCACUCUGGUAACUAUGCACCUAAGGUCUACAAGAAGGAAGAGUUGAGGUCUGGCAAGACAAGAAAUAAUUUCGCUGUCAUCCUCAACAAAGGCUGA